GGUGCAAAGCGAUCCCCGCCGUGUCUGCGGGGAGACCAGCUGCGAGUGACCCAGCGGUUUCAGCUGGCCUUUAGGGAGCGCUGCUCCAGCGUGCCGCGGGCUUUCCUGCUCGCUUGUGUUCCGCGAGUGCCUCUUACUGGGUUGUUCGGAUGCGUUGAUGGAAUUGGUAUUUUUUCUGGACUGUUGUUUUCUUUCCCCUGCCAGGGUGAGACCACGGAUUUUGAGUUGUUGAAGCAUCAGCUGUCAGAUCCAGACAUAAAGGAUGCCCAGAUCAUUAAUUGGCUGCAUGAAUUUCGAGCUUCUGUUGCAUAUUUGACCAAAGAGCUUGAACAGCUGGUCAGCGUUUUGCUGAAGGUGCCAUGGUUGAGCAGAAGCCGAGAGGUAGUGGAAGAAUAUCUGGGUUUUCUUGGCAAUCUAGUGUCAGCACAAACUGUCCAUCUUAGGCCAUGCCUCCGGAUGAUUGUAUCACACUUUGUCCCCCCUCGAAUAACCAUCAGAGAAGAUGAUGUGGAUAUUUCGGAUUCUGAUGAUGAUGAUGAAAACCUUUCUGAAAACUUUAAUACAUGCCAUAGAGCAUUGCAAACUGUUGCAAGAUAUGUUCCUUCGACACCACAAUUUCUCAUGCCGAUACUUGUGGAAAACUUUCCUUUCAUUAAUAAAUCAGAAAGAACCUUGGAAUGUUAUGUUCAUAACCUGCUACGAGUUACGGUGUACCUUCCAGCUCUGAGGCUUCAAAUUCUGGAGCUUAUUAUUGAAAAGCUGUUAAAGUUGGAUGUUAGUACUCCACAGCAAGAUAUUGAAGAUGCUGAAGAAACUGCUAAUAACUCUGACAGUGAGGAAAAAUCUACAGAGGAGGGACUUUUUGACAUGGAGGAAGAUGAAGAAAGAAAAGGAAACAAAGUUGUCUCUUCCAGUAGUGAGAGAAUGGCCCAUCCACUUGCAGAGCGCCUUGAUAUUUUAAUGACCAUCCUGUUCUCCUAUAUUAAAGAUGUUUGCCACGUAGAUGGCAAGCUUGAUAUGAGCAACACAAAGGAUUUAUAUCGGGAUCUGGUUUCUGUUUUUGACAAGCUCAUUUUACCAACCCAUGCUUCAUGUCAUGUACAGUAUUUCAUGUUUUACAUCUGUAGCUUUAAAUUGGGGUUGGCCGAGGCAUUUUUAGACCAUCUUUGGAAAAAACUGCAUGAUCCAAACAAUCCUUCAGUGAUCAGGCAGACUGCUGGGAGUUACAUUGGCAGCUUCUUGGCAAGAGCUAAAUUUAUUCCAGUUGUUACAGUAAAAGCAUGCCUGGAUCUUCUGGUGAACUGGAUGCAUAAAUACAUUGAUAAUCAGGAUACAGGGACUAAUGCUUACUGUGAUGUAGCUCUCCACGGGCCAUUUUAUUCUACGUGUCAGGCAGUGUUCUAUACGCUUAUUUUCCGUCAUAAGCAACUUUUGGAUGGAAACUUAAGGAAAGGUCUGUCAUAUCUGCAGAGUUUAAAUUUUGAGCGUAUUGUCAUGUGUCAGCUAAACCCCCUGAAGAUUUGUAUACCAUCUGUUGUGAACUUGUUUGCUGCCAUUACCAGGUACCUACUCAUUUACCUAGUCAUUUAUUUCA